AUGUAUCAUUUUGUUGCCCCACUCUUCUUGGUCUCUUCGGGGAACCAAGCGAACAGGGCCGACCACCAGCUCAAUGACAUCGAAGCCGUGGCCACUAAGCAGCGCAGAAAAGUUCAGAAUCGGAAGAACCAACGAUUGCAUCGGCUACGAAAGAAGAAGCCAAACGCGGCUUCUGCUCAAGCCUCGCGCCCAUUCCAAGUUGACCGCUGGCGUCUGGACGAACUGGACGACUUGCUCAUCGAUGCUGAGGAGUCCGCUACCAAGGAGCUCACUACCAAGGUUGCGAAUGUUGUCAACUCGACUGCUACUCCCAGAGGGACUGUCGUAUUCCGGAACUCACUCUUAUGCGUUUCGACCUUAGUUCCAACCACGCUCAAUCCCCCGCCCAUGAUCUUCCCUCUUUCCACCGACCACCUUCUCCACCUAGUCCAAUACAAUGUUUUUCGAGCUUUCGUCUCCAACAAGCGUACCCUGAAUGCGCUUCUCAAAGGUUGGUCAUACGACAAGCCUUAUACAGAAUGUCCUGUUUGUCCUAUCAGUUUACCCUACACCGACGACACCAACAUAUAUCCUUUGAACCCUAACAUACCUCCGUCGCUAUUUCCCACUCGCUUGCAGCAAGAGCGCACGCACUCGUCCUGGAUCAAUCUCUUUCCAUUCCCUUCGCUACGAGACAAUUUCAUUAGGCACGAGGAACGACUCGAUCACUGGGAUCUGUUGGAUGAUCUUGUUGGGGAGCUUAUGAGGAAUAUACCGACCAAGGAGCGACGAGGUACGCCAGCUGCUAUCACUUUGUCUGAUCCAAAGACUGCGCCUGAACAGCCGGUCGCAGCGGUAGGCAACGAUGACGAUGGGGUCACAGCGGGCCGCAGAGGACUUAUAGUCUGGGGAGAGCCUCAUGUUAAACAGAACUGGGAGGCUACGCCUGAGUUUCUGAAGAAGUGGUCGUGGGCAGUGCAAGGAUGCGACGAUCUGCUUGCCUCGAGUAACCGUUGGAGGUUGGCGAGAGGGGAAGAGCCUCUAAGUCUUCCGGCAAUAGAAGACUUGUCUUUGGAUUAG